UCAAGCAAUGAGAGACAGUUGAAUUACAGAAGACAAGAGGCAUUAAGAGUCAGAAGUACAAGAUAUGAAAUACUUAUUAAGAGAUAUAGAGAAAUGGAAAGUGACCUGCAGUUACAAAAUAUAAAAGCAUGGUUAGAGAACAAAAACACAGAUAUAAAGAAAGAGGCA